UGUGUUUCCCAACACUAAAUCCACUCGUCAAAAACUCAAAAGUAAUAUCGAUCAGUCAAAAUUCAACCAUCAUCAAUAUAUCCAAAAUGCAAUCAAGAUUAGCUGCAGCCAUAGCAUCAAAGUCAACCGGCUGGGCCUUCUCCUCUAGAGCUCUCCGGCGAGGACUUGGCACCUCCACGCCGUACCGCACCGCCGACCCCGCCGGUCACGCCGAAGAUUAUCAAGCUCAUCAGCCAGCUGUCCCCCAUGGAAUGCCUGAUGAAUCACAAGAGCAUAGAGAGCCCGAGACAGCCAAGCCGCAAAGAACAGAUAAUGACGAUGAUCAGCAACGUAAUUAUAACUACAAAAAAUCGACCAAUCCAACGGAACCACUAUCACCUCCAAAACCGCCCUACCCUAGCUCCCCAAGGCUGGAGAGCACCGGAGUGAACCACCCUGUGGACCCCACCCUUCAGCAGAAGCGAUCUGCCACCAAUCAAGCAGGGAGCAGCCUGAUCGAUGACGUCAGCUGCGUGGGGAUCGACGGCUCUCCGUGGCCGAGGGAAGAAGAGGAGAAGCAGCGGAGCAUAGAGGAACAGCAGGAGGAGGAGAGAGAGUACUACAAGCAUCACAAGGCGUCGCCGCUGUCGGAGAUAAAGAUGGCGGAUACGCGGAAGCCGAUAACGCGGGCGACUGACGGGACGGCGGACAGUUAUGAGGAUGAGUACGGUAGGGGGAGGGACGUCGUGGGGUGGUUGCCGGAGCAGCUGGACACGGCGGAGGAGGCGCUGAGGAGAGCGGCCGAGAUAUUCAAGCAGAACGCCAUGCGGGUUCAUUUACCGGACCAGAGCCUUUUCGACUACUUGGUGUAG